CGUUUUCGCUACAAACCAGAUACACCAUGGAUAAGAUAACGACAUUGCUCUUUCCCUUGUUCACUCUCCUCCUCACGACAUCUUUGGCUAAAGAUCUCUGUCACAAAGAUGACGAAAACACCCUCCUCAAGAUCAAGAAAUCCCUUAACAACCCUUACACCAUCAUCUCCUGGGAUCCCAAAGACGACUGCUGUACCUGGGUCUCCGUUGAGUGCGGUGACUCUACUGUUAACCACCGUGUCAUCUCCCUAUAUAUAUCAGACGACGAUGUCUCCGCUCAGAUCCCUCCUGAAGUAGGUGACUUAUCGUAUCUACAAACCCUUAUAUUCCGCAAACUCCCUAACCUCACCGGUGAAAUCCAACCUACCAUCGCCAAGCUCAAGUAUCUUCGUUUUCUCUGGCUCAGCUGGACCAACCUGACCGGUCCGGUUCCUGAAUUUUUGAGUCAGCUCAAGGAUCUAGAGUACAUUAACCUUUCCUUCAAUGACCUCUCUGGUUCCAUACCCGGUUCUCUCUCUUUGUUACCUAAACUCGGGAUUCUUGAACUAAGCAGGAACAAGCUUACAGGUUCAAUACCAGAGUCAUUUGGAUCGUUUAAAGGAGUGGUACCUCAGCUUUUUCUAUCGCACAACAAGCUAUCAGGUUCGAUACCAAAAUCACUAAGCAACCUCGAUUUUUACCGGAUUGAUUUCUCCCGUAACAAGCUAGAAGGUGAUGCUUCAAUGAUGUUUGGAGACAAAAAGACGUCAUGGUCCAUUGAUUUAUCGAGAAACAAGUUCCAGUUUGAUAUUUCCAAGGUUAAUGUGGCUACGACAGUUAAUAACUUAGACUUGAAUCACAAUAGGAUCACAGGGAGUAUCCCGGUUCAAUGGACCGAGCUUACUCUUCAGUCUUUCAAUGUUAGCUAUAACAGACUUUGUGGACGCAUCCCCCAGGGAGGGGACCUUCAGAGGUUUGAUGCUUAUGCAUAUUUACACAACAAGUGCCUAUGUGAUGCACCUCUUCCGAGUUGCAACGUGAAGAUUCAAGCAACCGAUCUUUAUUUAAACUUACCAUCAGAAUAAAAUCAUGCAUAAUGACAUCUGUAUGUUAUAUUCAAAAUGAUUAAUAAAAAUGAAUAAAUUUUAAUUA